AUGAACCAAACGAAGCAAAUCCUCAAACCGAUUCUGUUCUAGCGAAGGACAGUCCGAAGCCAACUCCUCCUCCUUUGCCCUCAAUCCCGUCAGUUUAUUCCUAUUCUGAUCCGGAAAAAUCUUCGGUAAUUAUCGAUCAAUCAGAAGAUAGCAUUGAAGAAGCUUUGAAAAGUUUCAUGUCAGAAAUCAAUGCCUUGCCUGUUACAUCAAUUAAUAACGAUCCUCUAGUUCCGAUUGAUGAAUUCAAAGAAAGUGAAAAAGAAUCAACAUCGAUUCAAAUUUCCAAUUUUGAUUUUGAUUGGGAAAAAUAUUGGCACAACGAAAAUAAAUGUCAUUAUUAUUAUAAUAAAAAGACAGGAGAAACACGAUGGGAGCACGAAAUACAACAUAUAAGCUCAGACAGUUCUUUGGCGUCAAGUACUUUCAAAGAAAUGAAUAAUUUGAAUUUAUAUUUGAAAGAAUCUAAUACUGAAACCGAAAUGGAUUCUCAAACAAAAACUCUCAAGGAUAAUUCUACUCAAAAAAUGUCUCUUAAAGUUCCUCCAUCAGAUUCACCAUUGCAUGGACGCUCACAUGAUGCUUAUAGUAGACUUUCAAACCUUGCACCUGUUGUAAUUCAUUUGAAGCUUGAAAGGCAUCAAAUCGAAUUUGCUACUAGAAUGCAUGAUUGGCAAAUUGGAGCUUUGAAUUCUCAAUAUUUUGAAAAGGUUAUUCUUGAAGGAUUAGAGAGAUUAUUGCAAGGAGUCGAAGAACAACUUUCACCUACUGGAUGGGUUUGUAAAUGGAAACCCGAAACGCAAGCUUACAAUUGGAUACAUUUACAGACGUCAGAUUUUUCUAGCGCUUAUGUUGCGUCACAAUCGUCAAUUACACAUUAUAUUCCUGCUUUAUCCGUAGGUCAUGAGCAAUAUCAAAUUUCACAAAAUAUUCAUUCCACGUCAACUUCAUCUACUUCAUCUACACUAAACCUACCACCUUUACCAUCUUUACCGCCUCCACCGCCUCCACAUCCUGAUGCUGUGGGUGAUUUGGAUGUUAACAAGAAAUCUGAAUAUUCUGAAGAUGAUGGAAUCACUAAAUCGUUUGGAUCAUAUAAUGUCAGUUAUCAGGGAGUACAAAUUGCAAGCGAAAAGAAACGGAAAAAGGAAAAAGAGCCUUUGAUAUCUGGAUUCAAGAAUAAAAAAAUGGCAACGCUUGUUGAAAAGUGGAAAGCAGCCGAAGAUUUUCUUUCCAAUACUGAUUGGGAUGAAGUAAAAAAACAUCAACAUGGAAUUAAUUCUUUAGAUCCUGAAUCUUGGAUUAAAGAACAAAUAGAAUCCGGAGAAGCAGCAAAUAAUCCUAAUUUAGAGCCAAUUAAAGGAGAUUGGCGUCAAAGAGUUAGAAAUAAAAAAUCUGAUAUGGUAUAA